UUGAAUCGUUAGGUGUCUCUCGUCCUCGUUGCCUAGCAACCACCUGUGCCGCCGUCGUCGACGUCUGCCGUCUAGUGACUCGUCGCCCAGCAACCGUCCGGCAACGAAUUAAGCAGACCGUCGGAAUGUGGAGUCGCCGAUAGUUAGAAAUACAAUUCACGCAUGUAAAACAAUUAAUAAGUUCCACUCGUGAUCUUCUCCAACCGUUCUUGAGUCACCCGUCGGCAUGUCUUCUCCGUCUGUCCGGGUGGUGCCGCCCCGGGUGGAGUUCAGAGAGGUGCGGGUCGGGGAGGUGUACCGGACCACCGUCACGGUCACCAAUGUCGGCGGAGCCUCGAGAGACAUCGUGCUCCAGAGGCCUCCGUCCAAGCCGUUCAAGUUCACGUUCAACGCUCCGCCGUCCUCCUCCGUGGCCCCGGGCCUCUCUGUGGGCGGGUCGCUGACCUUCUCCCCGGAGCAGGCGGUGGAGGUUGCGGACAGCCUUGAGUUUCUCAUCGACCAUCUGACCACGGUGGAGGUCCAGCUGCGGGCGUACCCACCAGCCUGCAAGCUGUUGGUGGAUUCCCUGGUGGAUUUUGGCUCGGUUACAGCAACCAGUCAGGUGAUCGUUAAACAGCUGCCUUUGACCAAUCAGGGAUCAGCACCAGGGCAGUACCAAGUGAAGUUCAACGGAGAUCCGUCAGUCAAACUUUCGCCCAGCCGCGGUACUGUAAUGCCAGGCGCCACCCAGUGGUUAACGGUGGAACUGAGCACGCACAUGCCGGGGCUUAUAGAGGAAAUGGCUUUAGUGAAGCUCCAGAGCAGCCCAGACCGGAGUCUGAGGAUCAGGGCUGAGGUGGUGGACCAAGCCCUCCAGAUAUACGACCUCCAGGGGUCUCCUCUGUCCUGCCUGUCGUUUGGGCCGGUCUACAAUGGGACAUCCCGCGUGGAGAGAGUGGUUUUGAAGAACAACGGGCCGGCCACGUGCCACUGGCUGGGCUUCCUUCAGGACACCGCGGAGGGAACCGAGCUGGCUACAGAGCUCUGGAAAAGCACGGAUGCAGCGCUGCUAGGGAGAAGGAGAGAGACCCUUAACAGCAAGACCCCCCACGGACCAGACCCGUCCCAGGUCGUCUGCUGCGUCCCCAAGCAGGGUCGAAUAGGACCCUACGAACGCAUCACAGUGUCCGUACGCUUCAGUCCGUUGUGCAAGAGGCCUGUUGAAGACAGAAAGCGGUCCAGUUCUGCCGGUCCACAAGAAUAUGCUGUCUUUCUGCUGUUUCAGCUGGUGGACACCAUGCACGGCUUCAUCCCCCUCAACGCGCCCACUGCUGGCCACGGUGUGGAGCUGGCAGUGAUGGGCUUGGGCCUUCCCGUGCGCUUGCUGCCCAAGCCGGGCGUGGACUUCCGUUUCCUGGGCUGCGCGAGGUGCCAGCGCUCGGACCUGCUGUGCCUGCUGCGCAACCUCUGCCCCCAGCUGCCCGUUCAUUUCCGCUUCCGCAAGGUGGCGCAGUUCAGGGCGGAGCCGGCCUCGGGGGUGGUGGCGCCGGGCCAGUGUCAGGACGUGGUGCUUUCGUUCACCCCCAGCCAACUUGGUAGUUUCCGUGUGCGCCAGAAGGUGGACGUGUUGGGUCAUGUGAUCGACCCACGGGCCGACGAUGCCGCGGAGCUCCGCCUCCGCCCGUUUCACACCCUAGUGCUGGACCUGUCCGGCAUUUGCCACGCCCAGACGACCUACCAAGAACCAAUGCUAAACCCUGGCAUUACUCCACAAGUGACCAACCCUAGUGGUCGACACCCCCACGUCCUCUCCACUGAGCUGGCACGCUGUGCUGGCAGGGUGUACACCGCGGUGCUCGGGGCGGCUACAACCCAUCUCCAUGCCCACCGCAAGGGGAGGAAAAAAAGCCUGGGGAAGGAGGAGUUUGUUGCAUUCCCUAACGAUCGUGCUGCCAGUAUCAGGCCUUCAUCUCCACACCGAGAGUACAGGACCAUCUUCACGGGCGUGAGGCGACACCGGUACGUGGACCCAGACUAUACCUUCACAGAGGAAGAGGAGGAAGACAGGAAGAGACACCAGCAGGCCUACCUGGACUUCAUUGGCCAGCUCAGACAGAACCGCCUGCAGAAGGUCCAGGAGAGGCAGAGGAGAGAGGCAGUGGAAGAGGUGGACAUCGGGCUUGUACCAGCUCAGGGGCUGGUGCCACCCAGACUGCUCCUUACAGACCUGGAUUCCAACCAGAGCACAGUCGCCAAGCCACGCCCCCCUCGUAACCAUGGCGCCCUGCUGUCUGUCACUGGGCAGAGUGGCAGUUGCCAGGUGGCGGAGCGGACAAAUGCAGUUCCUUCAACCAGCCAGGAGGUGGCAGACUGUGGCAGGACUCUGUCUGCUGAGGAGCUCUAUCAAGUGGUCAUCAGCCCCCUGGCGGUGGACUUCGGCGAGGUCUGCGUGCGCUCGGCAUGCCUGCACACCCUGACCAUGACCAACCGGCUGCCUGCCCACGUCUGGCUGCGGCUACGCGUGGACCCCCCCGAGCUCCAGGGCACCUCCCCGCUCUCCCACGUCCUGCCCCCCUGCUCGCACGCCACGCUGGCCCUGGUGUUCCAGAGCGCCACUCCCGGACCCUUCCACAGGUCGGUGUCCUACACGGUGAACAAGCACCACCUGGGCCAGGUGCAGGUCCAGGCCCGGGUGGUGGCCCCGGCGCUGGAGCUCUCCUCCACCCACCUGGUGCUGGGCUUCGCCCCCAACCCCGGGAACCAAUCGGGCUACAGGGGCGCCGUGACGCUCCGCAACCGUGGCAACCGCGCGGCCGACUUCACCUGGCUGCCGGUGGUCACGGAGAGAGGGCUGCUGUUCUCGGUGCGGCCGGCCACAGGCACGGUGGAGGCUGAGCGAGAGCUGGACUGCGAGGUGACCUGGGUCCCGUCCUUCUCCUCCCCCGCCGCGGGGGACUUUGACCUGCGUGUGCACGAGGGCGACACACAGCGCCUGCACUGCAUGGCCAAGGUGGGCUCCCCAAGGGUCCAGCUCUCAGAGAGCCUGGUGAAGCUAGGGUCCAUCCCCCUCAACAUGCACACUGUCAAGACCGUCUUCCUGCAUAACACCGGACACCACCCCGCCUACUUCCAGUUGCUAGACCCGUGUCCUCUCCCAGGUAUGGUGCUGAGCCCAUACGAGGGGGAGGUGCCGGUGGGGGGGCGGACCCCCCUGGAGGUCCACUUCCACCCAGAGGCUGUGUUGAGGUUCGACACCCGCAUCAAGAUCGCCCUGAGGAACAGGAAGUCCAUUGAGCUCAGGGUUGGGGGGUCGGUCGAGUCCCCGAAUAUUGACAUUAGUGUGGCUGAGUUCCAGUUUGGCGGCGUCCAUGUUGGCUCUGAGCACGAGGUUCCCUUCAGGCUAACAAACGGCUCCCCCGCCGCCGCCUCGGUGACGUUCCACCUAUCAGAGUACUCCGACUUCACCCUGCGAGCUCCCUCCACAGGGACCAGUCUGGGGCCAGGGGCCGAUACGGUGCACCUGGAGGGCCUUCAGGCGGUGGAGUGUGGCCUGGUGUUCUCCCCCACUCAGGUCGCCGGCUACGACUUCCUACUGCCGCUCACGGUCAACGGCGUGCGCUGGGUCUCCUGUCCCUCUGCUCCUGCCUCUCCUCCAAGGGUCUUCCAUCUUCCCACGCCCCCCACCACCUCCUCCCACACCUCCCGCUCCCUGUCCGCCGGCCCCGGGGUCCUCACCUCCCGACCCACGCCCGUCGUCAUGGAGACAGGGCCGCGGCGUGUGCGCGCCACAGCCCUGUGUGCCCCUUUGGAUGUGUCCCCCUCUAGCCUUGAGUUCCACCUGGAACCUUUGGCGCUGCAGUCUGUUGUGUACACACAGAGCGUGGAGCUGAGGGCCUGGCGUGGUCUGAGCUCCCUGGCUGUUCGCUGGGCGUUGGACUGCAGCGCUGUACCGCUGGGGCCCGACGGAGGCCCCCCUCUGCUGGAGGUCUGGCCCCGGGGGGGCAGCAUGGGACCAGACCAGAGCGUCAGCCUGGCGGUCUCCGUGAGUGACCGGGCAGUCCGCGCAGUGGGCGGGCGAGUCACCCGGCUGUCCCUCCCUCUCUUCCUGGUGGGGGAGGGGGAGGAUGAGGGGGCUCACCCGUACAGAGAGCUCGUCGUCACGGUAACCACCCCCCGCCCCACCCUCACCUUCCUCCCCGCUCGUCUCCUCCUCGCCCCCGUGCCGCUGGACACCGUCGCCACGGCGACACUCACGAUCUGGGCCACAGGGUACCCCAGUGGGUGCAGUGUGACUGCUGAAGUGUGUGAGGUGGAUGGGAAGGAGGGCUCCAGAUCCUGUCUGUCUGUGGUCUUCCCCCAAGGGAGCACCUUCCCUGGGCCCGCACAAGACCAGCGCUCCACCCCUCUGACGUGCUGCGUCUCCUUCCGCUCCUCCGGGGCCCUGUCGGUGCGCUCCACGCUGGUCUUCUCCGACCACCUCGGCCACCGGUUCGAGGUGGAUGUGUGUGCUGCUGCUGACGGCUGCCUGCUGACUGUCUGGCCCUACGUGGCUCUGCACCGCUCCGACCAGCACAUAGUGCUCAGGGCCGGUGACCCGUCUGAUGCACGCUCAGGGGACGACAGCCAGGGGCCCGUGGAGGCGGUCCUUCAGCGCUGUCAAUCACAGAGUCCCACCUCCUGCCUCACUUCUGCCUCUUCCUCCUCCUUCGCUCCAUAUGGCACCCCCAACAGAACCUCCGUCUCAGACUCCCGCCCAGAGAGCCAGGCUGAAGGGGGAAACAGCGACAGCAGGGUGCAGGAGGAAGGGUCUUCGGGUCGAGACCCCCCGAUCACAGGCGCGCUCCCUGAAUACCCGGAGCCGGGCUCUGAGGAGGGGCUCUGCUCCCCGGGGGUCCUGCUGGCCGCCCAGCGGUGGUUCACUCUGUUCGGCUGGCCCGACGGGCCGCACCCCGUCACCAUACCGCACACACUGAGGAGGCUGUCGGCCACGAUGGAGGCGGGGGGUUCCCGUGGACGGGGUUACCCUGUCAUCCAGAGUAAAGACUCCAGGUCUGUUGUGGACAUGCUCCGCCAUCUAAGCUCCACCCAGCCCCCCGGCAUACCCCUCGACCAAUCGCUGUCCAGGGACGUGGGCUCACGCACCAAUCAGCUGCUGGAACAGCACAGGGCCAUGCUGGCCUUCCUCCGGGAGAGAGGGGCGCUGUUGGCUCACAUCCGACCCGAGUACCUGUUGGACACACACGAGUUUAACCACUGGUGCUCUCUGCAGGUUGAAGAGAGUGAAAUAGACUACAGCAGGGUUGACUAUGAGUCCUUGAGCAAGCGUUCCUGGUUGGAUGUCCUGCUGCAGAUAUACAAGGUGCUGGUGCUGUGUCGUGUGUCGGGCGAUAUCGAUGCGAUCCAGGCCCAGGAGGUCAUGGGUCAACGAGAGGUCAAGGGUCAUCGGGAGGUCAUAGGUCACCAGGCUCUGGGCAGCAACGUCUACUCCUCCUGGGAGCUCCACCUUCUGGCCUGGCUCAACACACACUACCAGGCCAUGAGGAGCCGCGUGUGGAGCACAGGUGAGCUCCCAGCAGCCCGCUGGAUCGUGAACUUUGACCUCAACUUGGCCGAUGGGCUGGUGCUGGCAGCACUGCUGGCCGCCUACUGUCCCCACAUGGUCAGCAGCCACUUCCACAGGAUGUACACACGGAGCAGCAGUCUGGAGCAGAUCCUCCACAACAACAUCAUCCUGGUGCAGGCCCUGUGCACGCUCUCGCUCAACAUAGACAUACAGCCUACAGACCUGUCGGACCCUAACCCCGUCCAGAUGUUGAUGCUGUGUGUCCACCUGUACGAACAUCUGCCUCGGCUCCGCCCGCUCCGAACCAUCACAUUCUCAGGAGAACUCCACAGCACUGUUACCAAGCAGGUGCGUCUCAAGAGCCCGUCUUCCAAGCCCCUGCAGUACCAGUGCUCUCUGCUGGGCUCGGACGCCCACUUCUUCUCUCUCCCCAGCAACUCUACUGUCACCAUUCCUCCUGGAGCCAGCGCUGAAGUCAGCGUCCACUUCUGCGGCAGCUCCCUGCGGCCAAUGGAGGCGCUCCUGCUGCUCACCUCCUGCUCUGCUAUUGGUCCACGCGGCGGCACUCUGGCCUUCGCCCUGAAGACCAAGCUCACCCACCUGAAGCCCACCAAGAUGGUCAGAUGCACGUCUCCCUGCUACCAGCUGAAACGCAUUCAGCUGCCAAUCACCAACCCCUUCCCAACAGACGCCUGCUUCAGAGUGCUGCUGAUGGAGGUCAGAUCUCCACCAGCGGAGCGUGACGAGAACACCAUCAGCCUCUUCCAGCAGGCCUCUGUAGACUGCAGUGUAUCGCCAGAGGAGUCAGACUCUGAAAGCAGAGGCACUGAGGCAGGGGAGUUCUUCAGCGCGGUGAAGAGCGUCCGUCUUAAGCCGGGCCAGGGGGACACGCUGGAGGUCAGCUUCCUGCCUCUGAGUCCUGGCCCCAAGCACUGCUCCCUGCUGCUGCUCUGCCCACACGUGGGCGAUAUGGUCUACAGUGUGAAGGCUGUGGCAGAGCUUCCUCUAUCGUGUCCUCUCACGGCCACGCCCACUGCUCACCUAGCCCCGCCCCCUGACACCCCUGACCGAGGAGAGCCUGCGCUGGGUCUGCGGUGCAAGGCGGGGGAGGCGUGUGAGGUGACGCUGCUCGUGCCGCGGGUCAACCAGGCCCGCGAGACGGCCCUGGGCCUCUGGGCCCAGCACGGCAUGAGCCCCAACGAACGGAGGAGACGCCGGCUCACACACACCCUGGACGGCAGCAGUGUGAGGACAGCAGCCGCGCUAAGGAAAGCCACCGAGCAGCAGGCUGAUCGGAUCAGGGACGCGGCGCACAGCGAGGGUCUGGAGUACAGCGUGGAGGUGUCCAUGCCCGACCACUUCCACCUCCCUCACACCGUUACCGUACCGCUGGGAGAGCACACCGUCGCAGAACGUGAACCAGAAUGGGAGUGUGUAAGUGUGCCACUCGGCUUCCAGGCUGACGCAGCGGGCCGCUACAGGUGCCGGCUGGUGCUGAGGUCAUGGCUCGACACCAGAGUCUAUGAGCUGGACGUGCAGGUCACCGCACAGGGAGGACACGCCCACCUGAACUUCAGUUUGCCAGCUCACCAGUCAAUCACUCAAGGCAUCCCAUUGCACAACGAGACCAAACAGGCCUGGAGGUUGCGGGCUGUACUCAGUGGUUCUGGAUUCUGUGGCCCAGAGCGGCUUGACGUCCCAGCCGAGGGGAAGGCCUCCUACCCCCUGACCUUUAGACCUGCUGUGCAAUGCGUGGUCACGGGCAAGCUGUCGCUGUUGAACGAUUGUGACGGCACGGAACACACGUUCACCCUGCGAGGAGUGGGACAGCGCCCCCUGCCGGUGGACCACAUGGUACUACACUGUCAAGUGGGGCAGGUCACCCGGACAGAGCUACGAGUCCCAAACUUUAGGCGGCACAAGAUCACCCUGCAGGUGGUCACCGACCUGGCCAUUGCGAGCGGCGGUACCUCCUUGGAGAUUAUGCCAGGUCGGACCGCCGCCUACACUCUGGCCAUGUCCCCGUGGAAACGAGGACGGACCUCAGGGAGUGUGUCGUUCGUCGCGACGGAGAAAGCGGAGGAGCCAGUGAACAACCCCGGGGACGUCUUCAGACCCUACGAGGUGUAUUUCUCCUUAGAGAUAUCCAGCAAGCCCCCUUCUCCCCUGGACAUCCUGAAUAUACAGAGCUCUGUUCUGGGGUCCUCGAUGGUGGAGCUGGCGUUCCGUCACCCCGCUGGGGGGGAGGUGGAUGUGGCCCUGGAGGGGGAGGGGCUGAGUGGGCAGCAGCGGGCCACGGCCCCCCCGCAGGGAACCCUCCUCUACAGGGUGACCUUCACGCCGGUCCGAGAGGGACGCACGACCGGCAGUGUGGUGUUUCAGUCAGAGUCUCUGGGCGAGUUGUGGUACCAGCUGGAGCUGGUCGCUGUGAGUCCCCCUCCUUCCACACUGCCCCCCGUACACUGUGAGGUUGGGAGGUGGGUCAGACAGACCAUCGUCCUGGCGAACCCCACAGCAGAGUCUCUGGAGCUGAAGGUCGCUAACAGCAACCCCAAGAACUACAAGCUGGAGACGGAUGGGAGACACACCAUCUUGGUUGCACCACAGUCGAGCAGCAUGCUGGGUGUCCGUUUCAGACCCUCCUACCUGGGAGACCACAGAGCCCGGAUCACCUUCAGCUGCCCCCAGAUAACAGCGUGGUGUUUCUUGUUGAGUGGGUGUGGCUUCCAGCCGGUGAGCAUCUCCUCCGUGAUUGGUUCCCAUGCCUCGGUCAACAUUCCCUUCUCCAAUCCCACGGAGCACCCAGCCCUGCUCAGCAUAUCACUCACAGAUGAGGACCCGGGUGGGGCCUUCAGCGGCCAAGCAGUUAAAAGAGAUAAGCAGGUGUUCUGGGUCCCUCUCAGACGUACCCAAGGCUUGCGGGUCGGGGCCGGGGCCUGUUUGGACGUCCCGGUGGUGUUCGCCCCCGAGACCAUGAAACCGCAGCAGGCCUGGCUCUACAUCACCCUGCAGCCCCUCCUCCAGAGCCCGGAGCCUAGUGCAGCGUCCCACCAGCCCGACAGCACCAGGCCGGCAGAAAUCAAAGAGGGGAAAGCAGCCAGCGUCCGCUGGGCGUAUGCCUUCCGCGGCCUCCCUGGGCCGCCGUCGGAGACGGUGCCACUGCGGUUGGUCCAGUGCCAGGGGGGGGGCCGUCUGGAGGAGCCGCUGGAGGUCCGGCUCACCGGUGGCCGAGGCGCGGCUGGACAGGAAGGAGGAGCGGUGUGUGUGGACGACUUCCAGUGCGAGGUGCGUUGCGAUAAUGAGGAGCAGCGCCCCUUGGUGGACGAGUGUGUGGCGGUCUCCGUCGCGGCCGCCUGCAGAGACCCCGAGUCUGGCGUUGUAGCGCUCACCGCUAACCUGGUCUACACACCCCGGGGACCGCACAGGUGCUCCAUGUUCUUGGCAGUGCGGUGUGUGUCCGGCGCACACUGGACCUUUCCCCUCACACUGGUCGCCACGGAGAAGGGGGUUGAUGACGAUCUCGCCGUCACCGCGGCCGGCCCGGGCAUCAGCUCCACCGCGGGCCUCCAUCUGCACAACCCCAUCCGUGAUCUGGUGCUGGUCCAGGGUGCGGACAAGCGCUGGACCUAUGAGGUCCAAGGGACUCUCCCUGAGCCCGGCCAGGUCUCCCCGCCCCGCGCACCCGUAUCAGCCAAUAGGAACCUUACAGCCCAGGAAGCCAUCAGCCCGGCCAAUAAACGCACGCGGAACUACGUCACUCGGAACCUUCGGCUGCCGGCGCUGGCAAACUCCUCCCCUUCUAAAGUGACGUUUCAGAGAUAAAACAAAAACCAGCAAAACAACUGUCUCAAACUCAUUCAUUCCACAACUUUUUUUAACCAAGUCAUUACUGAUGUUCAGGUGUUUGAGCAGAUGUGGGACGAUCCCCACAAUGCAUUGCAGCCAGAACCCCUGAGCAGUGGAACACUUUACACAGUAUCCACGCUCAGGGUUAAGGUUCACCUGCUGUGCAUUAACCAACGCUUGACCCAAACUCCUCCAUUCUAUCUAUAGGGCUUGUCAAUCAAAAUGCAGCAUGGGAUUUUCUUGUUGCCAAUUUCUCCAUAUUUAUAGUCUUGCAUAAAAAACGCUUUGGCAGUGACAAACCUAACAUUGUCUCCUCAGAACGACACCUACAUAGCCACAAAACGGCCAAGCAUCACAUACGCUUGGUACCUCACUCACUGCAUUAGCAGCAGUCAGUUGACCCAGCAAGCGUGAUCACCGACAUACACACACACACACACACACACACACACACUACAUUGAAUGAAUAUUGUAUGUACGAUCAAAGCUGUUUCAGAUUAGUUCAAAACACACUGAAACACGUGUGGAACACACAGUUAAAGCAGAUUGUGUGUAAUUGGUUCAAGGAUAAUCAUACCACGAUACUGAGACCUUAACUGUUGAAAGAGUGCACACGCCUUGAUAAGGACGUUAAAGACUUUGAGAAUAGCGGUCAAAUAUGCCCAAAGUACAGGAAUGUGUCAGAGAAAGAGGCAGUUCCCCCAUGGAAGUGGCCAGAGCAGCCAUGGGAGUGUAUUUAUAUAGACUAUCGAAAAUGGGAAACAUCAGUUUCUUCUGGUCAAAAAUGAUCUUACUCAUACUAACUAACUAAUGAGUAGUACCACAUCUUCAGCGAUAGUAGUCAUUGAGUCUGUUUCCUGCAUAUGGGAUCUCCCAUGUGUGUUUUUUUUUUACUGAUAACGGCACACUCUGAAUCUGUCUUUCAAUCAAAAAAACAUAUGAUGUGUAAAACAUAUGAACUCAGCUCUGUGCAAUCCAUUCUCUAACAGACUGGCAGAAAUGAUCAACCAGUGACUCCGCAUAUGAAAGGGUACGGGUAUUCAUUAAAAUGCUUUGUAGGCAAAGCUGCAGGAUUACACUCUCAACUAGAAACAUGAAAAGCUCUGUCUGGCCUCUAACUGAAAAUAAAUGUCAGGUUUAUAGGUUGUCUCAGGUAAAACCAAAAUCCAAUGCAAAUAUGCCAAAAACAGAUUAACCUCAGCCAAAUCAGAAGGUGUUGGUUUGCAUGGCUGGGUAAGGAUGGAAAAAAGUAAAUCCUGUACAAAGCCUUUUCUGUCUGAUAAGAGAAAUAAUGAUCACAGACGAGUUAUAAUGUGUUAAUCACGUUAUGUCAUAUCAUUCUGAUAAAUUAGUAACAUAACGUUAACUUGUUAAUUCGCAAUUAGAUUAAUCGACCUACCCAAAAUGCUGUUUAUUAUGUUACGUAGGCUAACAUUAUCGAUAGCCUUUAAAACAAUCAUACAAAAAAAAACUUCAAACUUUAAAAGUUCAA